CAUUCCAUCCUUCACUUAUCUGUUCAUAAGAGAGAGAGAGAGAAAGAGAAGCAAUGGAAUCCGUUAAUGAAGGAGAAAUGUACGAAGUGCAGCGUGGCCAAGGUGGUCCAGCCACAGUUCUGGCCAUUGGCACUGCAAAUCCAUCCCUUUGCACCUUAAUGUGUGACUUCCCAGAUUUCUUAUUCAAAGCCACAAAGAGUGAGCAUAUGCCUCUGUUGAAGGAGAAGCUGAGGAGAAUUUGUGACGGAUCAAAGAUCCAAAAGCGCUACACUCAUAUGACAGAGGAAAUUAUCAAUGAAAACCCUGACCUUUACAAUCCCAAGGUUGCAACAAUAGACAAACGCCAAGAGAUUUUAGUGGUCGAAGUACCCAAGUUGGCCAUGGAAGCAGCAUCCAAAGCAAUCCAAGAGUGGGGGCAGCCCAAAUCAAAGAUCACCCACCUUGUAUUCACUACUAUAUGUGGCAUCGAUGCACCCGGUGCUGACUACCAGCUCGUAAAGCUUCUCGGCCUUUCCCCCACCAUCAAACGUGUCAUGAUGUAUCAUCUAGGUUGCUUUGGUGGUGCCACUGCCAUUCGUGUUGCUAAAGACCUCGCCGAGAAUAAUAAAGGUGCACGUGUCCUAGUCGUUGCCUCAGAGAUAAACUCUUUGAAUGGCUUCAAGGCACCUUCUGAGACUGACAUGAACUCCCUACUAGGUUUGGCCCUCUUCUCCGAUGGUGCGGCAGCUGUGAUAGUUGGUGCAAACCCUGACAUGUCAAUGGGCGAGCACCCAUUGUAUCAACUUGUCUCAGCGAGUUCCCGGAUCCUCCCGGACUCCGAAGAGAUGGUUGCAGCCCACUUGCGUCAAACGGGUCUUUCGAUCCGUUUAGCCAAGGAUUUGGCUCCAACUAUCUCUAGGAACAUUGAGAAAUGCUUGGUGGAAGGGUACUUCAAUAAGAUUGGUAUUAGUGAUUGGAAUGAGAUUUUUUGGGUGGUUCAUCCUGGUGGUCCAGCAAUUUUGGACAUGAUCCAAGAAACUGUGGGACUGAAGAAGGAGAAAUUGGAUGCAUCAAGGAAUGUGUUGGUGGAGUACGGUAACAUGUCAAGCCCAACGUUAUUGUUCAUUUUGGAUGAGAUGAGGAAAAAGUCUAUAGAGGAAGGGAAAGGCACCACUGGUGAAGGAUUUGAGUGGGGUGUGCUAUUGGGGUUCGGACCUGGUUUGACUGUGGAGAUGAUUGUCUUACGUAGUAUUCCUAUAAACAUUUGAUCACCAUCAGCUUGUUGAAUAAUUAAUAAUUUGUUACUAAGCUAUGCUUUGUAUAUGAGGUAUGUUUGGAAGGGUAGCUUUAUGUACUACUUAAGGUCUUUAUAUAUUUUGUACCUUUUAUCAGAAGUUUGUAUGUUGUACUUACAAAUAAAAAAUAAACGACGAAGAAAUAAUGAAUAUGCUUUGAUUUGUCACA